AUGACUCUUCACGAUAUCAAUAUCAUCAGUAUGGUCCUGGCCCUAGCCGCCAUGAUACUCAUGGCAGCGGCCACCACGCCACAAUCGACAAACAUCGAUGUCGUCUUCCCGGGUCUGCACGAAAUGGACUUUAACAACGUGGAAGGAAGCGUCAUAACUGCUGAUACCACAGCCACCACAUAUCAGAUUGAUUGCCGAUCUAGCGCGACCAAGCAAUGUACCUCUGCCGGUUACCUCUUGCCCCAGACUCUCACUGCGGGUCCGUCCUUCCAGGACUUUCAUUACGAUGUCACCAGCUUUUGGAACAGCACUAUCUUCAUAGUCACUGGAACUUUGGACUGCAACAUGACCGGGUCGACGCUUGGUGCCUCUUGCUACUUCUCGACCAGCACAUGGAUAUCCAGUGGCACGAAAAACAUCUCCUCGGUGUUUACCACCAGCGCCACCAUAUCUUCCGCCAACUUCAAAUAUAAUACCUUGGCGGUGCCAUCGGGCUUGGAGAACCUUCCCGUUGAAACUGCGGCCACGAAUGCAUCCCCAGGCCAUACCGGGACGUCAAUAUCUAAACCAACGACAACCGCCGCAAUGGCCUCAGAACAUCCCUCGUCCUCGAAGGCCUGGAUUGCAGGCCCAGUGAUUGGCGCCGUGGCUGGCUUGACUUUGAUUACGGUAGCGGCAUUUUGGUUCAUCAGUCGCAGGCGUAAUAACAAGGCUGAUGCUGGGUACCGGAAUCCAACAGAAGGGACGUCGGAGGCUUCAGAGCAUCCCACAUAUCUACCAGUGCAGGGUGCUCGAGUUGGGGAACUUCCAAGUGCUCAAGUUGGGGAACUCUCAGCCAAGGGUGCACUGGCAGAGUUAUCAGCUCCACCCAAACCCCAUGAGAUGGGGUGA